AUGGUGAUCUCCUUGCAGCUCUUUGCGAAGCAUUUCAAGCUUAAAGACCACGUAGCCCAUUUGGCCAAGACCCGGGUAGGAGUCGCAGUAGGCACCCCUGCCCGGAUAAGUCAGCUCCUCGCCGAACCCGAUGCACUCUCGGUCAAAGCGCUCUCGCAUAUCGUCCUCGAUUUAACGUUUAUCGACACCAAGCAACGGUCGCUACUUGAUAUUCCCGAAACCAGGGUGGAUACUCUCCGAGGCGUUUUGGGUCAUUCGAGGAUUAGGGAGAGGCUGCUGAAUGGCAAAACUAAGAUCGUGAUAUUCUAG